ACACUUCAUAGUGUAAAUAAUCGAUGGCACAACUGCAAAUAAUCGGCAUUGUUAUCAUUGUGGAGGGGGGGCGUUCGGUCAGUCAAGAAGCAGACAUGAUUGAAUGUGUUACUGUAAUUGAUCCCUUAACGUUAUAGCCAAGGUUGAAACAUGGCUGCAAAUGAACGAUGGCAGCCAACUGUGCAAAGCGUAUUUUUACUAGUUGUACUUUUUUUAAAUUUCUUUGAAGACCAUGCUCAUGAAAUCAACAGAGAUGUGUGUCCUCAGCUGUAUCCUGAUACAUUUGAUGAAUGUAUUCCCAAGGAUGGUAAAGCUGCGGGGGUUUACAAAGAGUACUAUAACGAAGACGGAAGCACACCUUCUAUUGAAGAUUGUGUUGUAGCUUGCUGCAAGCAAAGUGACUGCAACAUCAUAAUGUAUGUCACAAAAAAGGAGGAGGAGCCCACUUGUUAUCAUGUGGCAUGCAACUCCAGCGCCCAAUGUCUUCCCACAGUCAGGAAACAAGAAUCAGUUUUCACACGUAUAGCAUUAAUUCGUCCAGUUGAAAAAGAGUAUGGUUCCUGGUCAAGUGUGCUACCAGCAACGCAGUCCAACAGUGACUCUUAUCUGUCUGAUUCUUUUGGUGCUGCAGCAAAUGAAGAUAAAUCUAUGUAUGAUAAUGACUCUCCCACAUCGUGUGAAGUUGGUCUUGUUAACUGUGGGGACAAUGAGGUGUGCGUCCCUCUUCAUAAAUUUUCCAGAAAUGGUUAUUGCACGUGUAUGCGAGGCUUCAGUCGCAAUCAGGCUGGUUAUUGCACUGUUGCUGCUUCCAAUAAUGUACUGUCUCGCGUCUCACCCCUUAAUGCACAGUUCCGUGAUGCUCAAGAUGGAGUUGAACCAUCUAUGAAGCGAAUGUUUUUGGAGGGUGGAUCAUCUCCGUUCCAGGCAUCAGAUGAUGAAGAACACCCUCCAGCGUCAUCAUCAUCAUCAUCCUCUCCUCAGCAGAUGCGCACUAUCACUGUGUCUGCUGUUAAUAAAACGGUUCAGCUGCCAGAAAACAAAGUUAAACUUUCAGCUUAUACAGUUCCCUAUGGAGAGAAUUAUAAUUACGAGUGGGUACUUCUAUCCAAACCUGGAGGAGAGGAUAAUGCUGGCACCAUGAAUAAUAAAAAUGGAGCAACUGUGGAACUCAGUAACUUAAUUGAAGGGUUAUAUAUUUUUAAUGUUAGUGUGAGAGCACAAGAUGCAUUUGCUUCUACACUAGUAAAUGUCACUGUUUUACCUCCUAAACGGUUUAAUCAGUCACCAGUCGUCAUUGUGACUCCCGUGUCACAAAUUGUCAAGUCUCCUAAUCAUGGUGCAGUUUUAGACGGUUCCUCAAGCACAGAUGAUGAAAAGAUUGUGAAAUGGCACUGGGAGUUACAGCAAGGCCCGCUUGACUAUAAGGCAGAGCUGCAAGACAUGCCAACUUUACAGUUAAAUAACUUGUACCAACCAGGAAAUUACACUUUUAAGCUAACUGUGACUGACUCUGAUGGUGCUAUGAACUCGACCACCGCUAACAUAACAGUUGUUGCGAGUAAGGACUACCCUCCUGAAGCAAAUGCUGGUGCAGACAUCAUAGUUCAUUUGCCCCAAAAUAAUGUUACGCUUAAUGGAAAUUUAAGUAGUGAUGACCAUGGUAUUACAAGUUGGGAGUGGACUAAAGAUGGUCAACAGAACAAGGCUGUAGAUAUGCAGAACACUAGAACUCCAUAUCUUCAAUUGUCCAACUUGGAAUUAGGAAUGUAUACAUUUACUUUGAAAGUGAUGGAUACCUCUAAUCAGUCAUCUCAAGCUGUUGUACAUGUAUUUGUAAAACCUCCCACCAGCAAUCCACCUGUUGUCAUAGCUGGACCUAAUCAAACUAUAUCGCUGCCACAAAAUUGGUCUCCCCUUGAUGCUUCUAAAAGCACUGAUGACAACAAAAUUGUUGGAUGGAAAUGGGAAGAAGUGAAGCGCCCAGCUGGAUCAAAUCCAGUUGCAUUUACUACACCAAAUAUGUCUCAUACUAAUGCAACUGAUCUAACAAAGGGGGAUUAUGAAUUCCGUAUCACAGUAACUGAUGAAAACAAUAACACAGCCAGUGGAUCAGUUUUUGUAACGGUUACUCAAAAUCAAAAUGCGCCUCCCAAGGCAAAUGCUGGAGGAGAUCAGACUGUCAUUUUGCCUGCAAGUGUAAUAAUGCUGAACGGCUCUCAGUCUAGUGAUGACUUGGGGAUAGUCAGCUGGAAGUGGACACGAGAACCUGACAGUCUGGCAAUUGGGAGAGUCCUCGGCUCAACAGACACAUCAUCUGUACUAAUGCUUACGGAUGUAGUACCCGGACGCUAUGUGUUCAGGCUGAAAGUUUCUGAUGAACAGGGUUCCUCCUCUGAGGAUACUGUGUCUGUUAUUGUAAAAUCUGAUCCUCUCCGCUUCCAACUGGUGGAGUUAACCCUUAACAUAGUUGGGGAGCAGCUAACAAAAUCUCAAGAAGAUUCAUUAAGACUUAAGCUGUCCCUGCUUCUCAAAGAUAACCCUGUUGUCCGAAUUAGAGAAUUGCGAGAGGAGCACUAUUCAGGACGCGCCCAGAUGGUUUUUUAUGUGGAAGAUAAAACUGACAAAUCCAUUAUCCCUGGUCCCAUUGUUGUGUCCACUUUAAAAACAAAGCUUGAACAGGAUGUAGGAUUGCUUGAAUUGUCAGUGGCUAACAUUCAAACCGAAAUAUGUCAAAAUAAUUGCUCGGGUCAUGGGGUUUGUGAUAAAGUUACUAGACUUUGUCUCUGUGAAGCUUUUUGGAUGCAAAACCUAUGGAGGAAAUAUUUUGGAGACAAAGAAUCAAACUGUGAAUGGAGCAUUUUGUAUGUGAUCAUCGGAUUGUUUUUGAGCACAUUAAUUCUACUGAGUAUGGUGUGGGGUCUCAUCUGCUUAUGCCAGAAGGCCCUAUCUCCCCGUAAACUCAAGAUUCGUAAGCGUUAUGUGCCUGUUGAUUCAGCAGAAGAGGACUCAAUGAUUCCUAAAUACUCUCAAGGACCAAUGUUUACAGAUUCUGACACAGAUUCUGAUGUCGUAUUUGAAAAUCAACGUGGGAAAAUAAAUGGUGACGUCUUGAACGGGUACCAUCAGAAAUCCUCUAAAAAUGGAAUUAAAAUGGGUCGACGUAUCAAAACUUAAAUUUUGUGUUAGUGGAAUCUCAUCAUAUGAUCCGUGCAACUGUUUUUUUGACUGUGUGACAAUAUCUUUCAUGUAUUGUGGGACUUUGUACAACUUUGAUCUGUAUGAAGUGAUUCAAAAUUGUGUGUGUACUUACAAAUGGGAUGUGCAGAACCUUUUUAUUCCCUUGAUUAUGUUGUAAGUUAGUUUUUCUUUGUUGUUUUGAAACAUUCCAAUAUGCAGUGAAACCUGUUAUUGUAAGGAAAAUGUUAUAAGCAGGUCUACUGUAUGUGUUGUGUUUAGGUCCUAUACAUACUGAUUUCGGGAAAACUUAUUUUUAUAUGUUUUGUUUUAUUUGCUUGUUGCUGAUGGAUUUCAAUUUGCUUUUACACAUAGGUAGGUUUAUAAUUAUUAUGCCAAGCAGGUUGGUUUUUGUGAAUUUCCGCUUUAUUGGAUUAAGUACUGUAUUGCUGACUGUUGUGUUAAUAUUGCAACAUGUCCAAUCAUUGAAUGUUUUUUAUCGGUCUUAGUGAUUUUUAAUUAAAUUUUUUAAACCUUCUUUUGAUUCUAAAAUUUUUACUAUUGUUGAUAGUUUUGUUGUUUAGAUCAAAUGUUUGUUACCUUUUGUAUUAAAUCGAUUCAGUGAGUUGUUUACACUUUGUGUACUGUGUGGAAAGUGAAACUUUUGCACCAUGCUGGGGCCUAAGAUAAAGUGUCUUCUUUGUUUGGUAUUAUUUUGUACAUGCGAAGAUAUACUUCCACUGUUAAGAAGACUGAAAUUUAAAGUUGCAGUAUCCACCUCAGAUGUUAAAUGUGAAUCCUUCAGUAUUUAAUUUAGGACUCUUAAACCCUCAAACAAUAGUAUUACUUUUUGUUAGUUUGAACAAAUAUUUACCCAUUUACCACUAGCUCUACCCACUCCUGUAGUUAAAGUAGGCAAAAGCAUUGAAUAAUGCAAGGGUGAUCUUUGUGUUGUGUAUUUUAUUUUUUUACAUAUUGUGUGUAAUCUUCACUAAGCAACAGAAAGGUCUUGUACUUAAAAGACUAUUGAGUACACAAUCUUAAUUUUAGUUUCAUAAAAUGAAACAGUAAAUGAAAGACGAGAAGUGAUGUACCUAGCACCUAGUGCUGCUGACCCAAAGAUCUAUGUAUGAUUAUACUGUGCCAAUGGUGUUUUGGACUCAUUUCUACCUGGCAUGCUUAAUGAACAUCUGAAGAAUAUUGUCAGGGACACUUCACGAUGCAGUAAUAAGUAAUCGUGUGAUAUAUCAUAUUCCUACCCCAUUGUUUUUAAAGAUAAAAAUAUCUGCAAUUGUUCCUGAUGUGUGUUUAGUUUUGGCUUAGUUUGAUAACUGACUUAAACAGUUUAGUAAACAAUCAAUAUGUACUUUUUUUCCCAUUUUCACAAGAUUUUAAAAUUUCCUCUCAUGAGGGAAAGAGCCUGUGAUUUUUUCAUGAACAUCAUUCCUCCUAUUAAAUUUUAAGAUCGCAUCAGAGGCAAGUGACAAGUGUGUAUUAUGUUUUUAAAUAAAUAUAUAUCUAGUCAUUUUAAGUCAUCGAAUCACUGACAAUGUGAGUGUUAUUGAUUUUGGAAAAUAAAAGUUUUAAACUGA